GUCUGGACACUGAUUUUCUUCCCUCUCUUGUGCUCGCAAUAAUAUGAACAUGUUCCAAUUUAAACGCAUUUGUUCCACGCUUUAACCUUAACUAAUUCCGCAUUUUUAUACUCGUGCGGACAUGAAUUAAUCUAACACUAGAUAUAUCACUCUAGAAUAUAUUCCAGUGGAGGAUAUUGUAUUAUAUAUCCUAUAGACUGCUUAUUAAGCUAUUUCAUUACACAUCAAACAAUUUUAUAUCAGAUAUUCUAACAUCAACUGAACAUUUUGUAAACCCAAUUUCCCCUCCAUUUUAAAGCGGCCGACGUCGAUGGGGGUUUUGUCGACCCCAUGGGAAGUGGCGGUGUGCAAGAAGACUCACCUGCCUUCUGUCCAGGGAUCUGUAAUGUACCAGAUGAAGAUGAGAACUGUACCGAAGUGCCUGGUACGUGCUGCUCCCAGUGGAUCUGCGGUGAUAGGCCGACAAACUGCACUCUGGAGACCGGCGUCGUGCACCCGAUCGGAGACACUUGGGUCGACGGAUGCGAGAGAUGCGCGUGUCUUUUCUCUAUCGACGGGGCCUACGUGCGGUGCUACAGACUACUCUGCAUACAGCCGCCACACAGGGAUUGCGAAGAAGUGGAGAGGGAAGGCGAAUGUUGCCCAGCUUACCACUGUAACAGCACGACCUGCCAGGUUGACGGUCGCUACUACGGCGUCGGGGAGUCGUGGCAGACGAAGGACUUCUGCCAGACCUGCCGCUGCACCAAGGGCGACCCGGUCCCCGUGAUAGAGUGCGAGGAGCCGGAGGUUUGCAGGUCGCCGCCCAGCCCCGCCUGCAGGCCGAUCGCCUCCGUCUGGGAGUGCUGUCCCGUCGGAUGGGAUUGCUCGGGACGCGUACCUGAUCACGGUGCCCAAGGUGUUCGUGCGGGGAGGCCAGUCGACCGUGUGUGUCUUCCUCGAGGACGACCCGCCUAUCUCGGUCAACCUCACCUUGACGAUGAUGGUCGAGAAGGACGAGGUUCACGUCACGGUUGUUGAGACAGUGUCGGCCAAUCACGUGUGUGUGGACUUCCCCGUGCCUGACGGCGGCGACGCCUAUGACGUCCUUCUCAUCGAGGGGAGCAUCGGCGAGGUCCUCGUGUCUAAGGAGCUGAGGAUUCGCCUCGUCUCCGU